CCUGCCCGGGACGGGCUGAAGCCGGCGGCGGGCCGCACCGCAGGCGCCAAGCAGGGCCGGGGCGGCCAGGGCAGCCUCCUGCCGCCGAGCCCCGAGCGCCGCCGACUGCGGACGCGCUUUCGGCCGGGAGCCGCAGCCGCCACCAGCAGUGUUCAUGUUUGGGAUUCAGGAGAAUAUUCCGCGCGGGGGGACGACCAUGAAGGAAGAGCCGCUGGGUAGCGGCAUGAACCCGGUGCGCUCGUGGAUGCACACGGCGGGCGUGGUGGACGCCAACACGGCCGCCCAGAGCGGCGUGGGGCUGGCGCGGGCGCACUUCGAGAAGCAGCCGCCUUCCAACCUCCGGAAAUCCAAUUUCUUCCACUUCGUGCUGGCGCUCUACGACAGGCAGGGGCAGCCGGUGGAGAUCGAAAGGACCGCUUUUGUGGACUUUGUGGAGAAAGAGAAAGAGCCGAACAACGAGAAAACCAACAAUGGCAUUCACUAUAAGCUGCAGCUACUGUACAGCAAUGGCGUCAGAACAGAGCAAGAUCUCUACGUCCGCCUCAUAGAUUCAAUGACCAAGCAGGCCAUCGUUUAUGAAGGCCAGGACAAGAACCCGGAGAUGUGCCGCGUGCUGCUGACCCACGAGAUCAUGUGCAGCCGGUGCUGCGACAAGAAGAGUUGUGGCAAUCGGAACGAGACGCCCUCAGACCCCGUAAUCAUUGACAGAUUCUUUCUAAAAUUCUUCCUCAAGUGCAAUCAGAACUGCUUGAAGAAUGCAGGCAACCCCCGGGACAUGCGGAGGUUCCAGGUCGUUGUAUCGACAACAGUCAACGUGGACGGCCACGUGCUGGCCGUGUCUGACAACAUGUUUGUGCACAACAAUUCCAAACACGGGAGGCGGGCCCGCCGCCUAGACCCGUCAGAAGGUACGGCCCCUUCUUAUCUGGAAAAUGCCACUCCGUGCAUCAAGGCCAUCAGCCCCAGUGAAGGCUGGACCACGGGGGGCGCCACUGUGAUCAUCAUUGGGGACAACUUCUUUGACGGUCUACAAGUUGUAUUCGGAACCAUGUUGGUGUGGAGCGAGCUGAUAACCCCCCACGCCAUCCGAGUGCAGACACCUCCGCGGCACAUCCCUGGUGUUGUGGAAGUCACCCUCUCCUACAAGUCCAAGCAGUUCUGCAAAGGUGCUCCUGGGCGCUUUGUCUACACCGCCCUCAACGAGCCAACCAUAGAUUACGGCUUCCAGAGGUUGCAGAAAGUGAUACCCAGACAUCCAGGUGAUCCCGAAAGGUUACCCAAGGAAGUGUUGCUGAAGAGGGCAGCAGACCUUGUGGAAGCCUUGUACGGGAUGCCUCACAACAACCAGGAGAUCAUCCUGAAGAGAGCGGCUGACAUCGCUGAGGCAUUGUACAGCGUUCCCCGCAAUCACAACCAGAUUCCCACAUUGGGCAACACACCGGCACACACUGGCAUGAUGGGCGUGAACUCCUUCAGCAGCCAGCUCGCGGUUAAUGUGUCAGAGACCUCACAAGCCAAUGACCAAGUCGGCUACAGUCGCAAUACAAGCAGCGUGUCCCCGCGAGGCUACGUCCCCAGCAGUACUCCCCAGCAGUCCAAUUACAACACAGUCAGCACUAGCAUGAAUGGAUAUGGAAGUGGCGCCAUGGCCAAUCUAGGGGUCCCUGGCUCGCCUGGAUUUCUUAAUGGCUCCUCCGCUAACUCUCCCUACGGCAUAGUGCCGUCCAGCCCCACCAUGGCAGCCUCUUCGGUCACCCUCCCUUCAAACUGUAGCAGCACACACGGCAUUUUCUCAUUCUCACCUGCCAAUGUCAUCUCCGCAGUGAAACAGAAGAGCGCUUUUGCGCCCGUGGUCCGGCCCCAAGCCUCGCCUCCUCCUUCCUGCACCAGCGCCAACGGGAACGGACUGCAAGGCUCUCUGCUGGGUGCCGAGGACGCAACCGUGGAGAAGACAAACUGGCCCUUUUGUGAAGUCGGUGGUAUAUUCCACUUUGAUGAACUAAUGCUCAAAAAAGGAACUGGAAAGCUAUGUCUGGGUUGGUAGUCCCGCCCAUGUGAGGGACUCUGUUUACCUUCACAGCACCCAGCAUCCAAGGACGGACUUCAGGGGACACAUGUAGUGUGCUAAGACAUGCUGAUGGAAACGAUACCUUCAAAACUAAACAUCAGCAGCGGUUGAAUGCUACAAAAGACAUUUAAAGAUUUUAUUUAAACUGUUAAGAACCAACACGCGAACAAAGCCUACUUCUUCAUGAACAAUUCCAUUUUAUUGACUGAACUUUUCUCAUAUUUUCACAUUUCUCAGUCCUGAAGAUUAAGGAAAACAAAGCGACGCCUAUUUUGUAUAAAGUUUCUGAUUCCGUCUUGGCUGUCUAGUGCGUGCUAUCUGUGUGGGGAGAAGCUUCGUGAAUAUGCACCAUUUUGAUGCCCAUGCAACACUGAGGAAGAAAAGCCUCGAAACAUUUUUCUGUACUCAUAUUUAGAUUCACAAUGGUUGUGUAUCUCUAUAAUGUGAAAUAUUUUUUUGUGGUGAAAAAAAGGGGGCCAAGGAGGUAUGAGCCAUUAACUGGAACAGAGGAGGAUAU